AUGGCGAUGUUGGGGGUAUUGGUGGCUGUUGCUGUGUUUCUGGAAACGAUCUCUGCAGCCUCCGUAAGUGUCCCCCCCAAAAGAGAAAGUUGAUGCACUCAGAUUGGAAAGCUCUUUGUGUAGUAUCUUUGAUAAAGCAAACUGUAAUUGUUCAUUUUGAAUGCAUGCAUGUUAUUAAUGUUUUAACAUCACUUGUAGAUAUACUGCAUCAAAACACAAGUCUCCAUCUAGGUCACAUUGAUUUUCUUAUAUAAUUCAUUUAGGACUUAUUUCAUAUUUUCAAAAGCGUAUUCAAUGACAUUGUCCUGUGAUUGACUUCCUCACUUUGUGAUGUUGUCCUCUCUGGAUCUUGACGCUUUCUUUCCUCCUGUAGCUGGGGGUGGUGUACACUGAGGGAGGGAUGGUGGAGGGUGAGAGCAUCCGUCUCGGGCUCUUCCGUCGCAUGGACGUCUUCAGGGGGAUUCCCUUUGCUGACAUCCCUGAGAGGUUUCAGAAACCACAGCGUCACCCUGGUUGGGACGGUGGGUGGACUGGUUGAUCUUCUCGCCUUUGGUUUACUUAUUAAAUCCAAAAACUGAAAUCAACACCACAAAGAUAGAUAGUCCUUGAGAAAUCUUGUCAUACAAUUGUACUGACUGAUUUGUUUGAAUAAGAAGAAUUUAGACUUCAGAGAUAAGAACCUGAAUAGAUAAUAAGACAAGACAGUAUCAAAUACACUGCAGGCCUUUGCAUCUUUCAGGAAUUUUACAGGUGCUGAGGGUCUCAUGCCCUUUAGACCAUACUGUAAUGGCAAAGCUCUGAAUUUUAUGUGUUUUGAACACCACCGAAGAGUCACAUGUCUGUGUGCACACCAUGGGACAUACAGUGAUCAUGCAUUCUGCUGCUGCACAUGAAAUGUCUGCAACACAGAGUGAGCUUCAUAUAGAUCCUGUAAUGAUUACUGAAAAUGCUGACUGAGUGUUUUCAUAAACAGGCAGAAGAUGUAUGUGGAUCUGUUAAGACCAUGACUGUGACUGUUCAUAUAAAUUCAAAAUACAGGACUUUUUAAUGAAAGUAGGAACAAGCCAAAGUGACUUUGUGCAACUCUUAGUCAGCUGCAUGUGUUAAGUUUUAUACAUGUGGUUGAAAUGUUGGACGAGAAUGCCUUACUUCUACUAGAAUGAUGGGGUGGAUCCUGAAAGCAGGAUCAGGUUUUAGUUUUUAAGCAUGCCCAUUAUCCUUAAAAACAACUUACAACUUUUAUGCGCCAGUAAAAUCGUAAAAUUCAACAUACUGUGUCAUGGCAGUCAGUCUCACUGUGGCUGCAGCAUCAGGGUCAAGAAUUUGAUUUGUUCAGGUCAGGACUGUCUGAAAUCUAAAGCAACUUCUACAGGAGCUUUAAAUGUUAGCCUAAAAUCAAUAUUUAAGCUAAAUGUGGCUCAGUGUACCACCUCACAAACAAAACCAUCUUGCAUUAUUUCAAAUUGUAUCCCUUGUAUCGAGUAGUAGAUGAUGGCUUGCGUUCUUGCUAAUUUACAGCUGAGAUUUAAAAAGACUGUGUUUCUCUGGUUGUCAGGUGUUAUGAGGGUCACUGAGUAUAAGCCCAGAUGCAUGCAGGUGAAUCUCCUCAUGAGUGACACUAGAGGCAGCGAGGACUGUCUUUACCUCAACAUCUGGGUCCCUCAUGGCAACUCAGGUAAAAACAAUCACAGGCUCGUUGAGUAUCUUGAAUAAUCGAAGAUCUGAACUUCACAGGGAUUCAAUUUUGUUUGCUCUUCAGUGUCCAAAGAUUUGCCGGUCAUGGUCUGGAUCUAUGGAGGAGGUUUCCUGGCUGGAGGCUCCAUGGGGGCCACCUUCUUGGAUACCUAUCUGUAUGACGGGCAGGAGAUUGCAGACAGAGGGAAUGUCAUUGUGGUGACGCUGGGAUAUCGUGUGGGGACUCUGGGCUUCCUGAGUACUGGAGACCCUGAGUUACCUGGUAUGUGACAGUUCAAUCGCCCCCUUUAGGCAAAAAAAGAUCCUGGAGGAUGAUUUGUUUUUCAUACAUAAGCCGUCUCUCCUUUGAUACCUUGAUAAGGAAACUUUGGUCUGUGGGACCAGCAGGCUGCUAUUGCCUGGGUGCACAGGAACAUCCGCUCUUUUGGAGGAGACCCCGACAACAUCACCAUCUUUGGAGAGUCUGCAGGUGCAGCUAGUGUCAGCUUCCAGGUGAGAAACCCAUAUCAACAUCCAAGAUUUUGAUGCAGUCAGAUAACUCAGCUGGAACUAUUUGUUUGAAAAAAUCAAGUAUCUUUGGUUUUUCUUUCUGUCUGCAGACUCUCACUCCACACAACAAAGGGCUGAUCAAAAGAGCCAUCUCUCAGAGCGGUGUUGCUGUUUGCCCCUGGGCCGUCAACAAAAACCCCCGAAAGUUUGCUGAGCAGGUACAUAACAGUCUUUUUGAACUGAUAUAUGUCUAAGUGUAUAAGUGUCAUGUAUAAGUGAAGUUAAAGGUGAUUUGAACUCUCUCUGCAGAUUGCUGCAAAGGUCGGCUGUCCUACUGAUGGCUCUAUGGCUGCCUGUUUGAAGUUGACUGACCCUGCGGCCCUCACCUUGGCCGGGGGUCUCGAUAUACACAGUUCUCCUGAUAGUAAGAACUGCACUUCACACAAUCAAGUCUGUAUGAUCAUUGUAAAUAAAGUGAACCGGUGGUCUAUGCACAGUGAGGUUGGUAAUAAUGCCAUGAUAAACACUUUCUCUAACCCUUACUGACAGUGAAUUUGUCCUUUUCUGGACCGAUACAAGAUUUCAGCAGCUCUCCUGGUCAGGGUCCUUUUUGUAGUAGUUUUUUCUUCAUGGAGCACCAAAUCUCAUCAGUGGGCCCCAUCUGGAGCUCUCUGGGGUGUUUUUUUUUUUUGUAGCCAAUCAUGUUUCUAAUCUGUGGACAUUCAUUUUUUAGUUUUUCUGAUUUUUAUUUUUAUCAGUGUUACACGGUUUUCAGUGUUUCGUUGUUUCUUAUCCAACUUAAUGCUUUGACUCUACUUGUUUCAGGCUGUAGGUAUAAAGGUUCAGGUAUAUGUCAGCUGAUGGUAGUUCAUUGAGAAUUGUCUAAUGGCUCUAUGGCCCAAGUGCAAAACUCUAUGACUUCAACACAAAGCAAAGACUCCACAGGGGGUCACUGGCAACGCACACUCAUGCUCCUUUCAAUUGCCACACUAAUAUUUCUCUAUGACACUUUUUUCUUUUAAAACCACCUUUUUUUAGGUCAUGACUUCUUAUUAUAUACUGUAUGUAUUAUGAAUGCUAAGUUUCGAUGGCAUUCUCCUCCACUAGACCCUGUUGUGAACAACCUGCUCCUCUCUCCUGUGGUCGAUGGAGACUUCCUGCCUGACGAGCCCCAUAACCUGUUCCACAAUGCUGCUGAAAUCGACUACAUCGCUGGAGCCAACGACAUGGACGGUCACGUCUUUACUGGUUUGGAUGUUCCCUCAAUCAACUCCCACCUGGUCGACACGGAUGUGUGAGUUUAAAGGACUUCAUCACAGUGUGAAAGUCUGAAAUAUAGUCCAACACAACCACAGACAAUGGACCAAAGCUUUUCUGCCAUCUAUUCUGCUAUUUACAUCCUUCUGGGUGUAAGGACGUUUAAUCAGAAUUAAACUUUUGACUAUUUUUUGACUGCAGGGAGGACGUGAAGAGACUCCUGGCGUCAUACACUAAGGAGGGUGGCAAUGCUGCUUUGGAAGCAGGAUACUCCACAUAUACCUCAGCAUGGGGAGCAAAUCCUGAUAGAGAGACCGUCAAGAAAACUGUUGUGGAGAUUGGAACAGACUACAUCUUCCUGGUUCCUACUCAGAUUGCCCUCUACCUUCAUGCAGCCAAAGCCACGUAAGAAUCAGAUUUACCUGGACGAAUGAUCACACAGAACGAUCCGGUUAUCACUGGGCCUGUUUGGUUUGAGAGCUAGAGCUUGAAUAAGGCAUUUAACCGAGCAGUUAAUGCCAUUUAUUAAUUUAUCUAUUUAUUGAAUUAUUUUACAACAGAUGGAGGAUGAUCUAUAAAUCAUAAGUUUCAGUAUUAUUUUCUCAAAAUUAGAAUAGGAAAACUGAUUAUUUUCUUAUUUUCCUGAUUUAGAUUUUGUGCUCUAAUCAACACCUGUUUACCGGUUUCUGUGUUCUUUCUAAUCCUUAUUUUUUGCACUCUCAGCAAAUUAAUCAGACUUUACUUUAUUUCAAAAUUGUUGCUUUCCAAAUAAGUUUCCUCAUCCUGUAACUUAAUUGAGGUUUAUCCCCCUGAUAAUGAAGGCAGAACACUGGUGUUACAUUUAAGGGUUGACCUUGUGAACUAGCAACUUUCAGUCCUGCGUAGGUGGAGGUUGUGGUAACAGGUUUAAAAUCAAUCAUCACAUUAAACUGUAACACCUACAUCUGCUUGUUCAGCACUUAAUUGAAUUGUUGGCUGGUUAUUAUCAUGUAAAAACAGACUGAAACUUCAACAAGAAGUCAAAGGCAAAUUCAUAGAUUUGCUUGAGCACUAAAAUCAUUUUUAUUCAUUCUUGUCCUGUCCGCAAUAAAUGUUGAACUGAAAAAAGUGCUAACGUUAGCUGUUUUCUGAUGUCAGCCAGUGGAGUGUCAGAUAUGGUUUUGACUUAAUGUGGCCCUGUCUGUCUCCAGAUUCCUCUAUCCGAUGUCUUCACGGCUGUUUAUCAAUCAGGGAGCUGUAAAAUGAUCAUGGUCAAAAAUGAUGUGGUUUGCAACAUGGAAAAUGAUAGUAAGACAUAAGGAAUCUGUUUUAUAUAAUAUGUGUGCAAAGGCGUCAUCUUCUGUAUGCAUCCUCUGUAUGUGUUUGUUAUACUGAAAAUGAUUUUUUAGCCUCCCGAUGUGCAGCCUGCUGCCUGCAAGUACAAAAACAACGUCAACAAUAAGCUAUCACAAUACUCCUGAAUGGAUUAAAUGACUUUAAACUGAGGCCAUAUCUUGAAUUUACUAUCACCGCAUCUGCUAUUUAUUUACUAUCCGACUUGGUGUGUGCAUUAAAGCCUCUCUUUUUCUUUCAAAGAACUGGCCGUACCUACUCCUACCUCUUCUCUCAGCCCAACCGUAUGGGGGGCAUCGGUAGACCGUACCCCAGCUGGAUGGGAGCUGACCACGCUGAUGACUUGCAGUACGUGUUCGGAAAGCCUUUCAGCACUCCUCUCGGUUACUGGCCAAGCCACCGUGACGUCUCUGGCUACAUGAUCAACUACUGGACCAACUUUGCCAAAACUGGGUACAACCCUACAGAAACACAAAAUUCAAGAACAUCUUUAAAAUCUAAAAUUCAAAAACCUGAAGGAUAGACUAAAAUUGAAAGUUAAAACUGCCUCUAAACAUCUUUUUCUUUUCCUCUGUUUUUUUUUUGUCUACAGAGAUCCAAACAAAGGAGAGAGUGUGCCUGCUAUCUGGCCUGAAUUCAACAGCUUAGAGCACAAGUACCUGGAGAUCAACUCUAAAAUGAACAAGAACUAUGUGAGGCAGCAGCUGAGAUUGCCUUACGUUCAUUUCUGGGGCAACGUCCUUCCCCAAUUCACUGGAAUCGUCACAAAAUAA